AAAUAUUACCGUGUCUGGGACUGCGCGUGUUUUGGGUGUAUUACGGUAGCGCGUCCUGCUGUUCCUCUCUCUGUAUAAUAAAGCGCUGUGUGAUGUGUGGAGGAGCUGAAAGGCUGGUAGCGCCUCAGUGCUUCGGCUCAGCGGGGAGAUGAGCGCUGCGGACGGCAGCAUGGAUCCGUGCGGGCCCACCCCGUCCCGGGAGCUCACCCAGAACCCGCUGAAGAAAAUCUGGAUGCCCUGCAAAAACGGGCUGCCUGAAAAGCACAUCUCCCAGAGGAGGGUAUGCAUGACCAACUGCCCCACUCUCAUAGUCACAGUGGGCCUCCCGGCUCGGGGGAAGACCUACAUCUCCAAGAAACUAACCCGCUACCUCAACUGGAUUGGUGUGCCAACAAAAGAGUUUAACGUUGGCCAGUACAGGCGAGAAUGUGUGAAGAUCUACAAGUCCUUUGAGUUCUUCCGGCCUGACAAUGAGGAGGGUCUCAAAAUCAGAAAGGAAUGUGCAUCAGCAGCACUAAAUGAUGUGCGUCAGUAUCUGACUGAGGAAGGCGGACAGGUGGCGGUGUUUGAUGCCACGAACACCACAAGAGAAAGAAGAGAGACAAUCAACCGAUUCGCUGAACAGAAUGGCUUUAAGGUUUUCUUUGUGGAGUCUGUGUGUGAAGACCCGGACGUUAUUGCUGAAAAUAUAGUUCAAGUGAAGCUGGGCAGCCCGGACUACACACACUGUAACACAGAGCAGGCUGUGGAGGACUUUAUGAAGAGGAUAAAGUGCUACGAGAACUCCUACCAGCCUCUGGACGAGGUGCUGGACAGAGACCUGUCCUUCAUAAAGAUCAUUGAUGUGGGUCGGCGGUAUCUGGUGAACCGGGUGCAGGACCACAUCCAGAGCCGCAUCGUUUAUUACCUCAUGAACAUCCACAUCACCCCACGCUCCAUCUACCUGUGCCGGCACGGAGAGAGCGAUCUGAACGUUAAGGGCCGGAUCGGAGGAGACUCCGGACUCACAUUCCGGGGAAAAGAGUUUGCCCACUAUCUGGGGCAGUUCAUCCAUGCUCAGGGCAUCAGUGAUCUGAAGGUGUGGACGAGUCAGAUGAAGAGAACCAUUCAGACGGCGGAAGCUCUGGGAGUUCCCUAUGAGCAGUGGAAAGCUUUGAAUGAGAUCGAUGCUGGUGUGUGUGAGGAGCUGAUGUAUGAGGAGAUUCAGCAGCGUUAUCCUCUGGAGUUUGCACUGCGUGAUCAGGACAAAUACCGCUACCGUUAUCCUAAAGGAGAGUCCUAUGAGGACCUGGUUCAGAGGCUGGAGCCAGUCAUCAUGGAGCUUGAGAGGCAGGAGAAUGUUCUGGUUAUCUGCCACCAGGCCGUCAUGCGCUGCUUACUGGCCUAUUUCCUGGACAAGUCCGCAGAGGAGCUGCCUUACCUGAAGUGUCCCUUGCACACAGUGUUGAAGCUGACGCCGGUGGCCUACGGCUGCAAAGUGGAGUCCAUCUACCUUAAUGUGGAUGCUGUGAACACCCACAGAGAAAGACCAGAGAAUGUUAACGUGCACAGAUCGGCGGCAGACGCCUUGCAGACCGUUCCGGCUCACCUCUGACCCCGCCGUUUGUCUGUCAGCUCUCGUUGGUCUCACUGCCUGUUCUCCGGGGAUCCUCUGGCCUCCAAGCACCUCAGAAACACUGAGGAAAGAUGUUGGAGUCUUCUGCCUGAGUUCUGAUCCUGUCUCUCAACCAUCAACCAAACCACCCUGAUCUACGGCAACUAUUAUACAGUAUAAACCUGUACACUGCACUGCCCUGCUCUUUAACCUUCCAUCCCUCAAGGGCCCACAGAUGGGAAGUACUGAUGUAGGAUCAGCUGUGGCCAGUUACUGGAUAUUUCUGGAUACUAUCUAGAAGUGGUCAACACCAUCCCAAGCCACGCACACACACUAUUAGUGUUAAAUACUCAGGAUUUUAGUUCUGGUAGUGAGAUAAGAGUUACUGUGCGAUCUAUUCCAGACACAUUCUACCCUUCUACCAUUUCUGUUGCUGGAUAUGGUGAAGAUAUAUAUAAUCCUUAGGUUAGACAGUUUUGCACAUCUUGGCUGGAUUUUCUCAGUCAGCUUUACGAGGUCGAGUCACCUGGAAUUCAGGCUUUCAGUUAACAGCUGUGCCGAACUCAUCAAGAGUUAAUUACUUGAAUUUCUUGCCUCUUAAUGUGUUUGAGAGCAUCAGUUGUAAAGUUGUGAAGAGGUAGAGUUGAGUAUUUGAGUAAUGUUCUAAUCCAGAUUAUGAGAAGCAAGAACUACUCAACUAAAUAAAGAAAAAAAAUGUCAGUCAGUCCAAAACAUUUUAAGUAUCCUCAAAAAAAAAAAAAACAUCAAAAAUGUUAAAAAUGAUGAAACUGGCACUCAUCAGGACCGGCUCAGGAAAGGAAGACCGAGAGCAAGAGUUUUCUCUCUUGCACAGAAUAAAUUCAUCAGCCUCAGUUACCAGCCUCAGAAACCGCAAGUUAACAGAUUAAUAACCCCAGAUAAGAGCAUCUGAAUGCUUCACAGAGUAUUUUCACAGGUUUGUUUAACACUAUUUUAAGUUACUACAUGAUUCCUUAUGUGUUUUCUUUAUUUAUCUGGAUGAUUUCAGUAUUCAUUUACAAUGUAGGAAACAGAUAAAAAAAAAAACACUGAAUUGGAAGAAUCUCGUCCCCUAGGCUACAACUGAUCCUACAUUAGUCGUCCUCUGACACUAUGUCCGUUCAUUUGAUUGAUGUAGACACAUUUCCAGAGUGAUUUAAGGUAAAUGUACACUACUCACAAACAUUCACUCUACAAUCACUCGACUACAGUACAGUCUGGAGAUCUUCCACAAUCUGUUUAUUGUGUUCUGCCUGGACUAUUUAGAACAUGUUUUACACCUGUGAGAAGUGUAGCAGACCUGAGGAAUAUCAAUAAUGUACAGCUCUGGAAAAAAAAUUAAGAAACCACUUCAGUUUCUGAAUCAAUUUCUCUGAUUUUGCUAUUUAUAGGAGUAAAAUGAACAUUGUUGUUUUAUUCUGUAAACUACGGACAACAUUUCUCCCAAAUGCCAAAUAAAAAUAUUGUCAUUUAGAGCAUUUGCAGAAAAUGAGAAAUGGCUGAAAUAAAAAAAAAAAAAAAAGAUUUCAAGACCUCAAAUAAUGCAAAGAAAACAAGUUCAUAUUCAUAACGUUUUAAGAAUUCAGAAAUUAAUAUUUGGUAUAAUAUCCCUGGUUUUUAAUCACAGUUUUCGUGCAUCUAGGCAUGUUCUCCCCCACCAGUCUUACACACUGCUUUUGGAUAACUUUAUGCCACUCCUGGUGCCAGGUCCUUCUUCCUCUUGAUUAUAUUCCAGAGGUUUUCAGUUUAGUAAAAUAAUCAAAGAAACUCAACCCUUAACAUUAAGUGGCCCCUUUUUCCAGAGCUGUAUAUGGAUUAUUAUAUAUUGAAUCUAUAGAAGUAUACAUAUAUAUAUAUGGGGUCUGCAGGUUUCCUGUGUGUAUUUUGCACUGCUUUCUGUGUCAGUAUUGUGCUUAUCGUUGUGUCAUAUUAUUGUCUGAUUCUUAUCUCUCUGUUACUUUGAGGGAAGCACGGCACAACUUCUUUUUGUCUGUGUGUGUGUGUGUGUGUAUAAGAGAGAGAGAGAGAGAGAGAGAGAGAGAGAGAGAGAAAGAGUGUGACAAAGAAAUAAAUCCUCUAUGUUAACACUGUUGGCAUGGACCUAUCGUCCUCCUACAAAGAUAUCCUGUAUGAAUUUAUUUGUCUUUUACACGUUUUAAAGAUAGAGGUUUAAAAGAAAAUCAACAUUAAUUCUCUUCUAUUUGGCUUUGCACUUAAAUGAAACUAUUUUGAUUAUUUAUUAUUGUUAUGAAUUAUUUGAAAUCACGCUUGCAUUAUUUUUUUACUACUUUAUUUUCAGUUAUAAUAAUUGUGAAGUUCGUCCCAAAUUGUAAAUCCUCUGAAAGUGAUAAACCCGUGUGUGUGUGUGUGUGUGUGUAUAAGACGGUGGGGAAAAGUGCUUUACAGUGCUUAUAUAUGUAAUCAAUCAUACACUGGUUCUUAUAGUAAUAGAUUUUGGAACAAUAUGAUUGUCCCCAAGUGUCUUAUUGAGAAUAAAGUGAAUUUUUGAAAUUCCUUCA